GCUAAGGCAUUGAUAAGUUAAACAAACAAUCGUUUAUUCCAUUUGUUGUUCGCGAUGUCUGCCGUCAGAGCGUUAUUUUCUGGUGUAGUAACAAAGCAAAAAUGUAUUUUGAAAUUUGAAUAUUCUACGAAACCGCCGGGUUUAUUGAGCGAUAUAAAUGUUCUGGAUUUGACCCGUGUCGUAGCCGGGCCCGUUUGUACUAUGACCCUGGGAGACCUGGGUGCUAAUGUGAUCAAGGUGGAGAGUCUGGACGGAGAUGAGGCAAGGAAAUGGGGGCCUCCCUUUAUAAAUGGCAACAAGGAUUCGUAUUACUUUCUGUCAGUGAACAGGAAUAAGAAGAGUAUUUGCAUUGAUUUCAAGACCAAGGAAGGUAAAAAUGUCAUAUACGACUUAGCUCGUAAAUCUGAUGUUUUGGUGGAGAAUUUCCUGCCGGGAAAGCUGGACAAAAUGGAUGUGGGCUACGAUAAGCUCAAAACAAUGAAUCCACAGUUGAUCUAUUGUUCUAUAACUGGGUUUGGACAAAAAGGACCAUAUGCUAAUAAGCCUGGUUACGACGUAAUAGCAUCCGCAAUGGGCGGACUAUUAAACACGACAGGCGAGAGAAAUGGCAACCCUGUGAAGCCUGGUGUUGCCAUAACGGACGUCACAACAGGACUCCACGCUUUCGGGGCCAUAAUGACCGCUCUGUACUACAGAAAAAACACAGGAAAAGGCCAGAGAGUCGACUGCAACUUGCUCUCCACUCAGAUCUCAAGCAUGAUCAACAUUGCUUGCAUUUACCUGAAUUGUGGCAUCGAAGGGCAGAAGUGGGGAACUGCCCAUGCUAACCUCGUCCCGUACCAAGCGUUCAAAACGAAAGACGGAGACAUGGUCAUUGGUACAGGCUCGAAUGCACAGUUUGUUGAUUUCUGCACGUUAAUUGGCAAAGAAGAGUUGAUACAUGAUGAAAGGUUUAAAGAUAACUCGCUUCGGGUUGAGAAUCGGGAGGUGAUUGUGAGAAUUGUCAGCGAGGUUAUCAAAACGAAGACCAAUAAGGAAUGGGCACAAAUAUUCAAGAAUGCAUCGUUCCCAAACGGACCUGUUAAUAAGAUGAAAGAUGUUUUUGAGGAUGAGCAUGUGCAAUCAAUAGGUUUAGUACAGGAAUUGGUUCAUCCGGAGGCAGGGAAGAUUAAGCUGGUGAGACCACCGACGGAGUACAGCGAAGGUGGAAAUUUGGCUAGGACACCGCCCCCUACACUGGGGCAACACACGAGGGAUAUAUUGUCAGAAUAUUUGGGAUAUGAUGAUGAAAUGAUCAAUGAUUUGUACAAUAAGAAGGUUGUAAGAUGAUUGUUAAUAAAGUGUCUGUCAAUA